AUGGAGGGGACUGCCCACACAAAGAUCAGUGACGCGCAGUCAGGGGAGGCAGUAUGCAUUCUUCAAAACAGUUUUCAGCCAGGCUUUGUGGCUGAGGGUGACUAUAUUAUUGGAGGGAUCUUCCCCCUACAUUAUAACCAGGAAAUGCCAGACCUUAACUGCACCUACAAACCACCACCAGUUAAGUGCAAUGGAUUUGAUCCUAGGGCUUUCCGCUGGGCUCAAACGAUGAGGCUCGCAGUGGAGGAGAUAAACGAGAAUCCAGAGCUUUUGCCCAAUCACACCCUGGGGUACAAAAUCUUUGAUUCAUGUGCAUAUCCACUGACUGGCCAGAGGGCUGCUAUUGCUGUACUGAAUGGGAUGAAUGAAGAUGGUGCGCCCAUGUGUAGUGGUGCUUCUCCACUUCUUGCUAUAAUUGGGGAAUCUGGUUCUGCUCAGUCCAUUGUAGUUUCAAGAAUCCUGCAGCCAUUCCGAAUCCCAAUGAUCAGUUACUUUUCUUCAUGUGCAUGUUUUACUGACAGAAUUCAAUACCCUACCUUCUUCAGAGUAAUCCCUAAUGAUGACUAUCAGGUGAAAGCCAUUGCUCAGCUGCUGGUACGCUUUAACUGGAAUUGGGUGGGGGUAGUGCGAGGGGACCACGAAUAUGGUCGUUUCGCUGUACAAGGCUUACUGAGAGAACUACAGGGCACCAAAGUGUGUGUGGCAUAUCAAGAAAUGAUUCCUCUGCUCUACAAUCAACAGAGGGCACUGGAGAUCAUGCAAGUAAUGCGUAACUCUUUGGCAAGAGUGGUGGUAGUAUUUUCAGCUGAGGGGGAAAUGACACCUUUCUUGAGAGACUACAUGACGCAGAACAUCACUGGAAUCCAGUGGGUGGCUAGUGAGGCCUGGGUCACAGCAUCUGUCUUUACAAGGAAAGAGUAUUAUCCCUAUCUGGGAGGCACCAUUGGGUUUGGCAUCAGAACAGGUUAUAUCUCAAGACUUAGCAAGUACUUGGAAAGCGUAAACCCACAAAGGUAUCCUAAUAAUCCCCUGUUGCCACUCUGCUCAGGGCAGGAGUCAGUGUUGGAGCAGCAUUCAGCUUACUUGAACACAUCAAGUCCUAGAGUGGCCUAUAAUACAUAUAAGGCUGUAUAUGCAAUUGCUCAUUCCCUGCACAAUCUUCUCACGUGCCAACCAGGCAAUGGGCCUUUUGAAAAAAAGUCAUGUGCACAAAGCGAUAAUGUACUGCCUUGGCAGCUCCAGUACUACCUGCAGGAAGUGAAAUUUAUCACUGCUGGGGAUGAGGUAAACUUUGACUUGAAGGGUGACUCUGUACCCUAUUAUGAUAUUAUCAACUGGCAGAGAGGCACAAGCGGGAACAUUGAAUUUGUCAGUGUGGGGCUGUUUGAUGGAACCAAGCCUGCUGGAGAGGAGUUGGUGAUCCAGGAGGACAUGAUUAUGUGGGUACCGGUGUCUGUAUGCAGUGCCAGCUGUCUUCCAGGGUUCCGGAAGGCUGUCCGUCAUGGGGAGCCUGUCUGCUGCUUUGACUGUGUACCAUGUGACAGUGGCAAGAUUAGCAAUCAGAUAAUAGAUUGCACGUUUUGUCCUGAGGACUUCUGGUCAAACAAAGACAGAACAAUCUGUAUUCCCAAGAAGGUGGAGUUCUUGGCCUAUGAUUCCUUGGGUAUAGCCCUGACAGUCAUCUCUGUGGUGGGCGCUUGCCUCACCAUAGCUGUUUUUGCAGUGUUCUUUUACCACAGAAAGACAGCCAUUGUCCGUGUCAAUAACUCAGAACUUAGCUUCUUUACGUUGUUUGCUCUAACACUGUGUUUCCUUUGUUCUUUGGUUUUCAUUGGAGAGCCAACAUUUUGGUCCUGCAUGCUCCGUCACACUGCCUUCAGCAUUACAUUUUCACUUUGCAUCUCCUGCAUCCUGGGAAAGACACUGGUGGUGCUGGCUGCUUUCUCUGCCACCCGUCCAGGCAAAAACAUCAUGAAGUGGCUGGGGCCCAAGCAGCAGAGGGCCAUUAUCUUCAGCUGCACUAUGGUUCAAGUAGUUAUCUGUGCUGCCUGGCUCAUUCAUGCACGUCCUUAUCCAACACGAAAUACUAAAUAUGAACGCUCAAAAAUUAUAUUGGAGUGUAGCGUAGGUUCUAGCCUUGCAUUCUGGUGUGUUUUAGGUUAUAUUGGUCUACAGGCCUGUCUCUGCUUUGUACUGGCAUUUCUGGCCCGUAAGUUGCCAGGCAACUUCAAUGAGGCCAAGUUUAUCACUUUUAGCAUACUGAUCUUCUGUGCUGUGUGGCUGGCAUUCAUUCCUGCUUAUAUCAGCUCCCCUGGAAAUUACACAGAUGCGGUUGAGUCAUUUGCCAUUUUGGCUUCCAGCUUUGGCUUACUGUUCUGUCUGUUUGCACCAAAGUGUUACAUAAUUUUACUAAAGCCAGAAAAAAAUACAAAACAACACCUAAUGGGAAAAGAAAAGAAGUAA